AUUUCAUCAAUGCUACAAUUAUUAUGACUUGGUUUUACUUAGCACGUUUUGAUAACUUCGAAAUCUCAUGCCUUGAUUUGUAAAUAAUAUUAUUAAAUUAAAUUUAAGCUUGGAGCUAUAAUCGUCUUCUGUUGCUAGAACGCGGUACUUCGCCGCGAAUGACUUGAUAUCGCUAGGCUGUGCGCGGAGCUGUAUGAGCGAGCACGAGUCGGCCCUCUUGGCAGAUCGACAUUUUUCCAAAGUACAGUGAGCACAGCCCAGCAGUAUUCGCUACUCUUUUCGCGUUUAGCUACAGUUUUAUACGUGAAAUCAUCUCGGAGAGAUUAUUUUUUUUACGAAAGUCCGAGUGACAAUAAUGGAAUCCAGUGGUUUCUUCGACUGUGCCGACAGAGAGAAAGAGGAGCCCAGCGAUGAGUCUCGCGUUGAAAAUAAUCGUGAAAAGACUGAAGAGAAAUCCGAUCUACGAGAUCCACGAGAAAAUUCAUCAGAUAUUCUUCAAAUAUGCGGUGUUGAACGUGAAAGCGAACUUGAUGGUGACAGGAAAAUAGUUAUUGCCGUAAAUUCAUCAGCAGUCAGUAAAAUCACCAAUGAUUUUAAAAAUCGCUGGAAAGAUGUACAGCAGGAAUUUUUUAGUGAGGCUGUAGAAGAAUCGAAUUCGUAUCUUGACCGCGAACUCAACGACGAUGUGCAAAUAGUUUUCCAGGACGAAGAUGUAAAGUCCCAAUUUUAUUCAUCGGUGGUUGAAAAAAUUGCCAUUCAUUCUCCAAAUCAUUCGCAAAAUGCAAAAGAUAGCCAUGGUCACAGUGAUCAAAGCAUAAUCAAAGUAGAAUCCAUGGUGGAAGUCGCACAGGAUUUUUUUGACGAUGCCGAAGAAGAAUCAAAUUUGAAUCCCAAGCGUGAACUCGUCGAACAAACAAACAUCGAUACGGUGGACGAUCGAUGCAUUACCCACUCGUGUGCAAAGAUCUUUUAUCGAAGGGUUAUCUCGAAGCUCAUAUUCAUUCGGUGCACAGGGGUGUAUCGCGUAGAUGUGGCAAUUGUGGAAAAAUUUUUGCACUGCUAAGCAACCUCCUCAUGCACGUAAAAACACACGGAGUCAACGACGCGCACAAACUCGAUAAACGCGGAGAAACGUUUCAACGACGAGAAAAAUCGCCAAGCCCACACUGAUUCGGUGCAUCGCUAAUGUAUGCC